GCUUCAAAUGUGUUGUUUUGCGUUGAUAAUGAACACACAAAUAUAUGCCUCUCAAUGUCAUUCACGUCAUUGCGUGGAAUCGGUCGAAACCCUACGGCCGAUUACUCGUGCAGUACACUGCCGAUGACUCGUAGAGGAAAGAAAGAAAAAGACGGGGUCACGCCCAUGUUCGUCGUGUGUUUUGGAACACCACAGUAAACAAAAUGGCCGCCAGUUUGCUGUAAGCAGCGCGGAGGAGCGCAUGUGCAGCACUCUGACGAGACGUUUUCCUUUGCCGAGGCUUAGAAAUAAAAGCCGUCCUCGAACACACCUAAGUUCCAUUGUGAUUUCUGUCGAUAUGAUUGCUUUACAUGGCUGUGGACUGCAGUGAAUUUCCCCUUCGCCGCUACCUGCUAAACUUCGUGCUUUUCGUCGCCGAGUUUAUUCAGACAAGCGUACGCCCUAGUAGCAAGAUGCUCUACCUCGAAGACUACCUCGAGAUGAUCGAGCAUCUGCCUCAAGAACUUCGAGACAGGUUCACGGAGAUGCGAGAAAUGGACCUCCAAGUUCAGAAUGCCAUGGACAGCUUGGACGAGCGAGUCAAGCAGUUCUUUGCAAAUGCCCGAAAAAUGAAGCCCGAACAGCGAGACUUGGACUUUGACAAGAUUCGAAAGGACUAUUACAAGGCGCUUGAGGACGCAGAUGAGAAAGUGCAGAUAGCAAACCAGAUUUAUGACCUGGUGGACCGUUACCUGCGACGCCUAGACCAGGAGCUUCAAAAGUUCAAGAUGGAGCUAGAGGCAGACAACGCAGGAAUCACGGAGGUCCUUGAGAGGCGGUCCCUGGAGCUGGACAAGCCACCACCAUCCACCGUUAAGGCUGAAAAGCGAAAGCAUGUCGCAACCUCAUUGGGCGGCUCUUCAACGAGCAGCUGCGGACAGCCACCCGAGAAGCGCCAGGCCACGGAGCGGGUCCUCCCACUGGCCAGCGAAGUGUCCAGCGGGCGGCCUGCGGCCGCUGCCGUAGGUGCUGCCGCGGGCACGGCGCCACUGGCACCUGCCGACAGGCUGCUCAUCCCUCCUUCGGCUCUCACUUACGGCCUGGGGAGCAACGCCAUUGCUGCUGCGGCAUCACAGGCCAUCGCUGCUACACAGCAGAUGCAACAAGGUCGGCGCACGGCCAGCCUCAAGGCCAGCUACGAGGCCAUCAACGCUUCGCUGCAGAGCCUCACCUCCCGAGAGUUCACCAUGGGUUCAAAGGACAUUGGUUCCCUGACUUCCCUAACCCCACCCCCGGCACCUACGCCGCCACAAGUCAUGGCCAACCCCCCACCGGCCGCUGCAGUCGUGGCUACCCCCGCAGCUGCUUCAGAACCAAAGCGCUCCUCUUCUAAAAAACAGAGUCGGGCAUCGAGUCAGUCCACAUUGGCAGCGGCGAGCGAGGACUCUGGGGACUCCCUGUUGAUGCUCGGAGGUUCCACAGAUGAGGCAAAUCUUGACUGGGGUUGUGACCCCAACGAGCCUCGGUACUGCAUCUGCAAUCAGGUGUCCUAUGGCGACAUGGUCGCCUGUGACAACGAUGAUUGUCCCUUCGAGUGGUUUCACUACCAGUGUGUGGGCAUCACACAGCCACCAAAGGGCAAAUGGUUUUGCCCCCAGUGUACGUCGGCUAUGAAGCGGAGGGGACGCAAGGAUCGCUAAGCGGUUUGCAGAAUAAAGGGGACAUUGUCAGUGUUGUUG